CCAAUCUUGACUUUUCUGACUUGCCUGUGUCUGUUUUUUCCAGGUCUCAAGCAAGUGCCUAAGGAAAUCUCGCCAGACACCACAUUACUAGAUCUGCAAAACAACCACAUUACGGAGCUGCGCAAAGAUGACUUUAAAGGGCUCUUUCGCCUCUAUGCUUUGGUAUUGGUGAACAAUAAGAUCUCCAAGAUCCAUCCAAAGGCUUUUAGCCCUCUGAUUAAGCUGCAGAAACUCUACAUCUCCAAGAACAACUUGGUGGAGAUUCCUCCUAACCUGCCCAACUCCUUGGUGGAACUCCGGAUCCAUGAGAACAAAAUCAAGAAGAUCCCCAAAGCUGUCUUCAAUGGGCUCCACAAUAUGAAUUGCAUUGAAAUGGGUGGGAAUCCUCUGGAGAAUAGUGGAUUUGAACCUGGUGCCUUUGAUGGCCUAAAACUGAACUACCUGAGGAUCUCAGAAGCAAAGCUCACUGGUGUACCCAAAGACCUCCCUGAAACCUUAACUGAGCUACAUCUGGACCACAACAAGGUCCAGGCAAUUGAAUUAGAGGAUUUGAUCCGCUACUCCAAAAUCUACAGAUUGGGCCUCGGACACAACAAUAUUCGCAUGAUUGAGAAUGGCAGUCUUGCUUUCCUGCCUAUCCUACGUGAGUUGCACUUGGAUAACAACAAGCUCUCAAGAGUCCCCCCAGGAUUGCCUGAUCUCAAGUUUCUGCAGGUAACCAAUAAGAUGCAGUUCUGUGGUGAGAAAAGUAAGGUCCUGCAUUUAGACAGGAAAAACCAAAUCCACAGGUAUGAAAUAAACAAUACCUGGCUCAGCAGUAGUUUUUGUGAGAAGGGUCUACGUACUCUGCUUAACCAUGAGCCAGCAGUGUGCUGCAACUGCCAAAAGAGCCAAUGCAAUCCUAGGCUGCAACAACACAAGGCUAACGUCAAGAUAAUGAGAAGUGAUAGUACCACUCUUUAUAGUACUAGUAAGGCCACGCUUGGAAUACUGUGUCUGUUUCUGGUCACCAUCAUAUAAAAAAGAUGCUGAGAU